AAAUCCCACACAAACCCUAAUUUUAGUCUCCCCAAAUCUUCAACUCUCGCCGCCGUUUCUACCACCGUCAAUGUGGCGGCCGUGGCGUAAAUCGUCGGUCAAAAUUCACGACACAUACUCUCCAACCACCGCUUCCUUCAAAGACAUUCACCAUCUCUGCUCCGACGAUCCACCUUCCUACCCUUCUUCUCCUUCUCCAUCUCCAAAAAACGCUUCUAGAGUUUUCCACCGAGUCCGCGCAGCUAAUUUGAUCCUCAAAUCGUGGCCAACUCGUCAAUCUAAUAACCUCCUCCGCGCAGAUUCCGAACCAAUCAAUCUACGCCGGAAUCUAAAUCCAGACUCAGAUUCAAAACAAUCGAAGACCAAAACCGAGCCAGAUGUACGAAUUUCAAUCCCAGGCGCAGAGAACAGCAUCGUCGUCUACUUCACAAGCCUCCGCGUCGUUCGUCCAACAUUCGAAGCCUGCAAAUCCGUUACAUCGAUCCUCCAUAGCUUCCCGGUACGAAUCGACGAACGAGAUCUCUCAAUGGACGCGUCAUUCUCCACAGAGCUACAACGAAUCUUCGGGAAGGAUCAAAACCAGACGAAGAAGCUGCCGCGAGUCUUCAUCGGUGGUCGUUAUAUCGGAGGAGCGGAGGAGGUGAAACAGCUUCACGAGAUCGGAGAGUUGAAGAAGCUUGUACAAGAGUUGCCGAAGAUUGAACCAGGGGUAUGUGAGAUGUGUGGUGGUCAUAGAUUCGUACCGUGUAAGGAGUGUCAUGGUAGCCAUAAGGUUCAUACGGAGAAGCUAGGGUUCAGAACUUGCUUAACCUGCAACGAGAAUGGUCUCGUCAGAGUUUACGGAAAUCGUCGCAGCUUGAUUGAUACACCUCUUCCUGGUAAAUCCCCUGCCCUGGAUGCCUCCCCGCCAUCUCCAGAAUCUGCAAUCUUGAGAGAUCCCCUGCCGCCUCAGCCACCACCAGAAGGCGACAAAACCCCGAGCCCUCCUCAAAGUGGUGUGAGAUCACAAACUCCAGAGAACCCUCCUGCUAUUACUCCUCUGCCUGUACCUCUGGCUCCACCUCCGUCUCCUCCUCCGUCUCCAGAAACUACAAAGAAGUCUUCCAAAGUUUAUAUGAUCGUCGGCAUAGUCGUUGGCGUAUUCACAGUCUCGUUUUGUAUUGCAGCAGAUGUUCCGAGGCUGCAGCUAUCUGAGCUACAAGCAGCCUGCGAAGAUUUUAGUAACGUUAUCGGCUCUUUCUCAGAUGGCGCCAUUUAUAAAGGAACUUUGUCCACUGGUGCUGAAAUCGCUGUUGUGUCUGUCGUGGCUGGUUCUCGUUCAGACUGGUCCACCACCAUGGACACCCAGUUGCUACAAAAGAUGCAUAAUCUAUCCAAAGUGGAUCACAAGAACUUUCUGAAUGUGAUCGGUUAUUGCCACGAGGAAGAGCCCUUCAAGCGAAUGCUGGUUUUUGAAUACGCUCCCAAUGGAUCACUCUCCGAGCAUCUGCACUCUCAACACGUGGAGCACUUGGACUGGCCUACCAGACUCAGAAUCGUCAUGGGAAUAGCUUAUUGUCUAGAGCACAUGCACAAUCUUAACCCACCCAUCUUGCACUCCACUUUGGACUCCUCUUCUGUCUACUUGACUGAAGACAACGCCGCCAAAGUCUCCGACUUUUCUGCCAUCAACUCCAUCUUUCCCUCUAAGGAAGGUUCAUCAAGCAAGAACCUUCUAGAACACUCAUUACUUGAUUCUCAGACAAACGUCUUCAACUUUGGUGCCGUUGUGUUCGAAAUCAUCAGUGGGAAGUUACCAGACCCGGAUUCUUUGCUUCUCGAACCCAAGCCCGCAAGAGAUAUUGUGGACCCGACACUGAAAACAUUUCAGGAAAAUGUUGUUGAGAGACUGUUGGAGGUGGUUAGGCAGUGUAUGAAUCCAUACUCAGCUCAGCGGCCAACAAUGAGAGAGGUUGUGGUGAAAUUGAGAGAGAUAACUGGAAUAGAAGCUGACGCAGCAAUGCCGAGACUGUCUUCACGGUGGUGGACAGAGCUGGAGAUCAUAUCCACAGAAGGAAACUAAAGAGAAAGAAGCCGUCCUUGUAGGUGUCCCCUGUAUAUAUAUACACAAAUGACACUGUGAAGUGAUGAUCAUCUUUUUUUUUGUUCCUCUGCAUUAAAAGACUCUUUACUGU